GACCGUUAGGGCUGGCCCGCCCUUCCCCCCCCCCACUCGCGCAGCACCGCGCCGCCCGGCCCGGCAGCUCCCACUGCGCAGGCGUCCUCUCGUCCUCCCAUCCCCCCGCGCGGCCGCCUGUCCUCCCUAGGCGGCGUCCGCAGCGCGAGCCACAGCGCGCUGGGCGAGCCAGCGAGAGGGCGAGCGGCGCUACCUGCUGCCUGCAGCCUCGGCCGGCCGGCGAGCCAGUGCGCGUGCGCGGCGGCGGCCUCCCCUGCAACCGGAGAAGACGAGCGGGCGAGCUAGCGGAGCGGGGCGUGAGGCGAGGCAGGGCUCAGCGACAUGGGGGACCGCGAGCAGCUCCUUCAGCGGGCGCGGCUGGCCGAGCAGGCGGAGCGCUACGACGACAUGGCCUCCGCCAUGAAGGCGGUGACCGAGCUCAACGAACCUCUCUCCAAUGAAGACCGAAACCUCCUCUCCGUGGCCUACAAGAAUGUGGUCGGUGCCCGGCGGUCUUCCUGGAGGGUCAUCAGCAGCAUCGAGCAGAAAACCACGGCUGACGGGAAUGAGAAGAAGCUGGAGAAGGUUAAGGCUUACCGGGAGAAGAUUGAGAAGGAGCUGGAAACAGUGUGCAAUGACGUGCUGGCCCUGCUGGACAAGUUCCUCAUCAAGAACUGCAAUGACUUCCAGUAUGAGAGCAAGGUCUUCUACCUGAAGAUGAAGGGCGACUACUACCGCUACCUGGCAGAGGUGGCUUCUGGCGAGAAGAAAAACAGUGUGGUCGAAGCUUCAGAGGCAGCCUACAAGGAAGCCUUCGAAAUCAGCAAGGAGCACAUGCAGCCAACACACCCCAUCCGGCUGGGCCUGGCCCUCAACUUCUCCGUGUUCUACUACGAGAUCCAGAAUGCGCCCGAGCAGGCCUGCCUCUUAGCCAAACAAGCCUUCGAUGACGCCAUAGCUGAGCUGGACACACUAAACGAGGAUUCCUAUAAGGACUCCACGCUCAUCAUGCAGCUGCUGCGAGACAACCUCACCCUCUGGACGAGCGACCAGCAGGACGAGGAAGCCGGAGAAGGCAACUGAGCGCCUCGGCCCACCCCCGCCCCGACCCCAUCACCACCGGUCCUUCCUCACCACAGUCACUAAGUAUCUAGUGCUAAACCUAUCUGUAUGGCAGCACAGCUACUCAGAUCUGCUCUCUGCCCCCGGGAAGCAGUUCCAGAUAAAUUUAUGGGCAUUGCUGGACUGAUGGUUGCUUUGAGCCCACAGGGGCUCCCUUUCUGAAUUGUGCAGACAGGUGCAUUCUGAAGGAGGCAUUUUCCUAUGCCUGCUGAUCUAGGUGAAGUGCAGGCGAAAGCCUCGGGGAAGUUAGGAGAAUUAACCACACAGGCUACAGUUGGUAUUUAAAUGGUCCACUUAAAACCAGCUGCUAGUGUUUUGUUAAAGCAGUACAUCUGUGCAUGCAAAAGUGAAUUCACCCCCCCACCUCUUUCUUAGCUAAUGGAAAACUGUUAAGGGAAGCUGAUAUGAGAGACCACUUGCUCCUUUCCAUCAGCUUAAUAAUAAACUUUAACGUGAGGUUUCAGUAGCGCCUUGUUUGCCUCUUUAAAUUAUGAUGUGCACAAACCUUCUUUUCAAUGCAAUGCAUCUAAAGUUUUGAUACCUGUACCUUUUUUUUUUUUUUUGGUUGCGACUGUUUAAGAAUCAUGGAUUUAUUUUUUUGUAACUAUUUGGCUAUUGUCCUUGUGUAUCCUGACAGCGCCAUGUGUGUCAGCCCAUGUCGAUCAAGAUGGGUAAUUAUGAAAUGCCAGACUUCUAAAUUAAAUGUUUUGGAAUUCAGUGGGUAAAUAAAUGCUGCUUUGGGGAUAUUA